UGCCUCACCUCCACGGAAAUGCCACGGGGUAUUAACGAUGUGGUUGGCUCGGGCUCCGGCGGGGUGAGAAGUCAAGGCUGGAAAGUUCCCGUUUUCAGCCCAUCAGAGAACGCCACAUCCAUCGCAGGCCUUUCCAAGCUUGGGACGGCAUGACGAGUCGGGCCAAAGCUGCAGCUCUCAAGUGGGAGACAGUCCGAGACGCCGGGUGCGAAAAUCCAUCAAGUCUUAGAGGCUCCUUCCUGUUCCUGAUGAACCGUUUACGGCUCUUUUCUGGCAUGUCACUUUGGUCCAAGCCCUAAUUGUCAACAUUCCAGCAAGAUGCGAAAACUCGGAAUGGCUAUCGCGAUUCUGCCGCUGUUGACUUUUGGGUCGGCACAAGAACAUCAAUUCUUUAGGUGGAACACUCCCCGGGCGAACCUGGCAGAUGACAGCCUUCACCGUCGCCAGUCCCCGCCACCAGGAUACCAUCCCGAGUUUGGGACUUGCGGGAGCGGGACGACGUGCGAGAACGCCUGCGGGCCAAAUUGGAUCUCCUGCCAGGCAUCCACCGACCUCUCGUUGUUCUGCUACAACAAAGUCGAUCUGAACCAGACUUGCUGCGAAAACGGGUCUGGGCGCGCCUGUGACAGUGGCUACUAUUGCGCCUGGCAGGAAUUCGGCGGGAGAGUCUGGUGUUGUGAGAAUGGUCAAAGUCUGGAAGAAUGCGGCGUACCACGGCCAACUGCGUCCUCUACAACCAAGUCAACGACAUCUUCGAGCAGCUCCAGUACCUCCGCCUCUGCAUCAUCCGAUUUCUCAAUCUCGGGCUCCAAAACCACCAGCGGAAGAACGACCGGUUCCGAGAGCACUUCACAAUGUCCUCGGUCCACCGUCACGUAUUCGGCAACGACAACAGUGGUGAGCACUGUCAGUAUCGCAGCAACCACUGUCACGGUGACGGCAGAAGACCGUGGAUGUUCCUCGGCAACGUCUUCAUCGCGAAGUUGGCCUUCCGGCAGCACCUCGGUGCCAGAAACCAUCACCAAUCCGCCAUCAUCAUCUUCAACGUCUCCAAGGACAUCGACGUUCAAUACCACAACCUCCACAAAGCCCACCAACACAAUCGUCACUGCUGGCGCUGCAGGUCUUGCUGUCGUUCCUUUGAACCUUACCCUACUGCUGCUCUCUCUGCUCUAUCUCUGCUCUGGAUCUAAAUGAAAAUGGUCAAAGUAAAUAACGGUUUUGCCACGGGGAAUCCAUGGUUUGUAUUCUUGUCAAGCGUUUUGGUUGUGUUGGAUACCCUUUUUUGCGUUCAGAUCGACGGUUUCGAAGUUGGUCGAGCACAACUUACUAAUCACUGUUAUCAGUCACAGCAGUCCUUUGUUCAUCACGACGAACAGGUGCAGGGGCCUUGGAUUGCCUGUAGCCCUUUCAUGUGUUUGGCUUGGCCUCUUUGUCUCUGGCAUGAAAAUGGGAUCAAGGACCUCAACACUCAAAAGUGAUUUCUCACCAAAUCAUGACUGAUACUAUUGAAUCGAGGAGUGCGAAGAAAUGUUGUACCGAAAACCAUUGUCCUUGUCCUCAAGCCGGGCCCACCGACCACCGCUGGUGGUGCUUCGACCUUUACAAAUUACAACCCGCUGGUAAGGGAGGCAGCAACCAUAC